UUUCAAGCGCCUGAAAAAUUGAGUAUGAGGCGAGCCAGAUAAACAAUUGUUUUAUUGCUAACAUUUCACUGAGACUGUUAUGUGCUAUAUAUGCAGUUGUUUCGCGUGGACAUUGGAUUUGAUACAAAGGAUAAUAACAUUCUGCUUGGCAUGUUUCCUGGCAUUCGCGGUAUGUUGCGGCAUCAUUCUAGCAAUCGCGGCGGGCAUUGCCUAUGGAUACAAUUACUCUAUGGCGGAAUUCCUCACAUUCACAAGAUCCGAUGUCGCAGUAUACAUGCGUCGCGGUCAAUUUCACGAUUCACCGGAUAUACCACCCAAAAGCCUAAGAGUUGGAGAUGAAGAAAAUUUAGCAUUCUCCACAAUAACUGACUAUGAAGAAAAACAGUCUCCGAGCCCUGAUUUUAAUGUUUUCUCUGAAAUGGCGUCGGUGAAAGAUCAGGACGCCAGAAAAUACGCGGAGCAACUCACAAAAUACACCAGCAAGUCUAACGUAUGGUCUACUCAUGCGUCAGAGAUACCAGCAACACCAAUAGACUAUCAAAAGCCGUAUUCUACACAUAUUUUAACUCGCAUUUCUAUCACACCGAACCCUCGAUUUUCGACAACUGUGUUAAGAAGCGGGAAUUCUGAAAUAGUUAUGCGCAAUUUUGAACCGAUUGACAUCGCCGUAAAGUCUACUAUUAAAACCACUGAAGACUACUUUUAUAGAGCACCUGAUUUUGAUGAAAAGAAGAAAUUGAAUUCAAUAACGACGACAUUGGAGAUUCCUGAUAUAAAUGUCCGUUUCGAGAAUAGUUCAGGAAGGAAAACCAUACCGAUGCGCCACUGGGGAAACGACGCUAAACCUAUCGUUGAAGAUUACCCUAAAGAUAUAGACGAGGACGCUGUUGUCUACAGGCCCUGAGCCCUCAAUACUGAUUUAAGUGAUUAACAGACAUGUGCCAUUCAAAUUCACAUUUAAUACUAAAGAUAUAGAAUAACAUU